AUGACACACGCCGGUUCUCACGGUGCCCAUGGCUCUGAAGCAGCUUCCUGGCCAUCGUGGCUAUCCCUCUGCUGCGCACCGCUGGUCUCCUCAGAGGACAGGAGGCCGCGUCGUAGUAAGUCUAUGUCUACUUCUACCUCUGCCAAUGCUUGGGCCUCGGAUUCGUCUUCAACUUUGAACAUUUCGUGGCCCGUAGGCAGGUUGAGCGACGACCAGUUGCUGAUAGGCCAAGUCGAUGAGAAGCGUUCAUAUCCAGUAAUAUACGACCAACCAAUUCACCAUCCCCAGCCUGUUGCAAUGCUGGAGCAUCGUAAAAUGUCGGAGAGGUCUACGAGAGACAGUUUCUCGUUGAAGAGAAGGAGAUUCUGGUCACUCUCUUCAAGUUCGCGCCGGCCGCUCAUUUCAGCCCCUUCAGACUUUCGCCAUGUAUCAACUGCCGCCGACCCAUUUCUUGAUUAUCCUGAACCUACGCCUUCGAGAGCCUCGAAUCUUCGGCCUGCGAAACAGUUACCUCAUCGUCCUUACCGCCCGCUCGAGUUGAGCAUCUAUCAACCCGACAAUGGUGUAUCUCCUAUCAUGGCUCAUUUUGAACCAAGGCCUGCGAAUCCGGCGCCCUCAUCAGACUAUUCUGAGUGUGUGUCAGAUUUGUCAGAUAGCCAACCCGAAGAAGUGAAACCUUCAUUGGAGUACCAGAAGAGCUUCUCAGAUUCUCCCAUGUCAUUUCACUUUCCACGCCGCCAAGCGCUGGGGAGUGCUCCCAGUUCCUCUCAUGGAGAAGAUGAGAUCCCGCCCUUAAUUCCCCCCAAGUCACGGGGUCGUCCUCGUGCGUAUAGCUCACCAGAUGUGGAAAAGGUCAAGGAACGAGUCGCGAGUGCUAUGCUAGAGGUUGAAAAGCUCCAGAAGCAGAUUGACGAUGUCAUCGAGAGACAGAGUCUUUAUGUUCCCAGCCGACCACCAACUCCCUACUCGGUCGCCCGAACCAUGCCCGGUAUGGUCUCGAUCUACGGACCCGGUGACGAACCGCUCCCGCUGACUUCUUCAGACCUGGAGCCCAUGCCGUCAAUUCCAGCUCUGCCCCCAGCUGCUCCCUCUUUUGCCCAGCGACUCAACUCCGAUAUCAUUGAAAGGCCGCACACAGCACCCAUCAGGUCUCCUCGUACGCCUGUGAGAACUCCCAUCACACCACCCCGCAGAUCCCGAACUCCUGGUGAGCAAAGGUCACCUUCUACCCCUCCUUCUCGCCCAAGGCGAGAUGUUAUGCCCCCACCGCCACCUCUACCUUUAGUACUUCGACCUCCUCUGAGGAAGAAGAAGUCUUUUUCCCGGGUGUCGAGCUGGCUCUUCCCCGGGUCACAGCACAACCGUAAUAUGAGUUUCGACUCUGUCACCAACGCUCCUUGUCCUAUCAGGGGCAACCGAGGAUUUUACCAAGUUUCGCUGGGCGGAGCAUCAGAACAUCGGCGGAGCACAGAGUCAAUCGAUACGGUCAGCACUUGGGAAUCGGAUGCAGAAAAUCGUACAGUCCCGACAACAUGCUCUGUGGGUAGCACAGCUGCUGUGUCACAGGAUGAGCCCCUCAUCUCACGGUUCGCCACUUCAACGUUUGGCAGAAAUGAUAUCCGACCUCAACGGAGGAGUGUCGGUGUUGCAAUGUGA